GGUAGAUAUGACUUCUCGACUUCAAAGAGAUGAGGCGCAUGCUGGGAGCCAGAUGUCUGCUGCUGAGGCCUGGAGACAAUGGUGGCCACUGGCCGAAGUAGUAUAUUAACCUCGCCAUGCCAGCUGAUGAAGCCUCAUCCAUUACCUCUCUUCCUCCUGCGUGUUUCAAUUGGUGGUGUAGGCAACAUGCAGAGUAUACUUUCGAAUGCUCCAGAACAGGGUGCUCUGGCCCUCCUAUCCCUCCCAAUGUGGAAGUGUCACCCAACAAACGCAUUGCUUUGUGUGGCCCUUGCGCUUGUAGAGGCGAGUGCCCCUUCUGUUCGGCUAGAGUCCAAAUAGAGGACUUGCAUUCGAUCACGGUCAGUGUGACCGGCUCAGAUGGAAGCUUCUCUUUACUGGAUGUCCCAGCAGCCUUGGAAAACUCUGUUCAGCCCAAUCACCAGACAUUGGAACAGUUCAACCAGCAAUUUCAGCAGCUGGCGAACAAAGUGCAGACGACAAUGAGGAAGACCCCCAAGGACUUUGAUAUCAGUCGCUGUGACCGUCCAGAAAUUGUUAAGCUCGUAGAAGAAGCUCAGGAUCUUCUCAAUUGCCUCAAAAAUGCGGGGUUGCGGCCAGAUCGUGACACAUAUCGAUGGCUGAUAUCCCUUUUUGCCAGGGCAGAACAUCAAGACAAGGUCGAACAGUGGGCCCAUAGGAUGGAAUUGUCUGGCAAUUAUAGCACGGGCGGUUACAAUGCUGCGAUAUUUGGUAACGCAGUGCCCGGCGGUGUGCAUCGUGCCGACAUGUGGUUCAAUUGCAUGCAACAGAACGAUUGCGUGCCAGAUGCAAAAAGUUACAAUAUUCUGAUUCAGGCCUGUGCUAGAUCGAAAGACUCCACUCAUGCAAAUCUCUACUUUGAGCGCAUGCAGCUUGCACAUUUUACGCCAGACGUUUUCACAUUUAGCCAUUUGAUUAGGGCCUGUGCGGAUAGCCUACAGAAGGCGGAAGGAUUCUGGAAGGACAUGCAGCAAGCUGAUAUUAAGCCUAUCGAUUUCACAUGCAAGGCAAUGUUGAAAGCAUGCGCUAAUGCUGGCAACAUAGACAAAGCAUUGCAUUUUUUUGAAGAAGGUAUCAAGGCUGGAUGUGUUCCAGAUGUGCUCACCUUCACAACCAUGAUCUCAGUGUUCAAAAAAGAAGGGAAUGUUGCAGGGGCUGAGGAGUGGUUUAGCAAGAUGGAAGCAGCUGGGGUAGAGCCUGACGUGGCAGCUUUUACUUGUGUGAUUCGAGUGUGUGGCACGGCUGGCGAUGAGCUGAACGCUGGCAAAUGGUUGGCAAAGCUGAAGGCAGCUGGAUGCCAACCCAAUCAGCUCACCUAUCAUGCUCUCAUCAUUUGCGCGUUGACUCAGAAGGAUUUUGCCAAGGCAGAUAUGUGGUUGAAACACAUGUUGGAUUUAGGGUUGACGCCAUUGCUCAAGACUUUCCACAAACUGCUUGAGGCUUGUGAGCCUGCCGGCGACUUACCCCAAGCAGAGAAGUUCUUCAACGCAAUGAAGAAAGCUGCAGUGCCACCAGAUGUGAAUGCUUUUAACAGCAUGUUGAAGACCAGUGCACAAUUUGAUUCAUCCCAAGGGCGGCAAAUGAGCGGCCAGCCAAGUGAAGAACAAAAGAAAUGGUUUUUGAAGAUGUCACCUUCAGGUGUGCCGCCCAAUGCGGCCACGUAUGACAUCCUGACCCGUGCGCAGCCCAAUGCGGCCACGCAUGACAUUCUGACCCGGUCUGCCUUUUUGGCCCAGCUGUGAUCGUGAUGAGCUGCCUUGCAGUCGGGUCUCUAUCGUUUUGGCUGCGCAGAAAAGCAGCAUAUUAAGCAUCAGGGCACUGCCACCAUUGUAUUCAGACGGCACAGUCCAGCGAAGAGAUGGGGCUACGGAAUGAGAUUGCAUGUUCCAAAA